CCGCGCGGCGCUCAGUGCCAGGCGGGAGGCGGUAGCGGUUGGAGGCUUCUCCGGGCUUUGCAGCGGGGACUUCGGCAGCGGCGCCUCAGGCACCUCAGCCCUGACACCCUACUUGUAAAGAGAAGGCUCUUGGGAGCUGCUCCUAAGAAGUGGUUCUUCGUCCUGUAUUGACUCCCUGCCCCCGUGAACUUCUGUGUCCCAGUGUUUGUUGCAGCAGCACAGUGACGUUGGUGUGAAUAAUUGAUUGUGGUGUCUCCUCCUGGAGACUGUCAACUUCGUGAGAGCCGGGCCCGUCUCCUUGCUCACCAUUGCAUCUGCAGCGUCUAGCAUCACGCGAGGCGCACGGUCAGAACACGAUGAGGCGAGUGGUACGACAGAGCAAGUUUCGCCAUGUGUUUGGACAAGCGGUGAAAAAUGACCAGUGUUACGAUGAUAUCCGGGUUUCUCGAGUGACCUGGGAUAGUUCCUUUUGUGCUGUCAAUCCUAGAUUCGUUGCCAUAAUCAUAGAAGCGAGUGGGGGAGGAGCGUUCCUUGUACUCCCUUUGCACAAGACUGGUCGAAUUGACAAAUCCUACCCCACAGUGUGUGGUCACACAGGACCAGUGCUGGACAUAGACUGGUGCCCACAUAAUGAUCAGGUCAUUGCCAGCGGCUCAGAGGACUGCACGGUUAUGGUAUGGCAGAUCCCAGAAAACGGACUCACCCUUUCCCUGACUGAGCCCGUGGUCAUUUUAGAAGGCCACUCAAAGAGAGUUGGCAUUGUGGCCUGGCACCCGACGGCCCGCAACGUGCUUCUCAGUGCAGGCUGUGAUAACACCAUCAUCAUCUGGAACGUGGGGACGGGGGAAGCCCUUUUAAACCUGGACGAUAUACAUUCGGACAUGAUUUACAACGUGAGCUGGAACCGGAACGGCAGUCUGAUCUGCACAGCCUCCAAAGACAAGAAAGUGAGAGUAAUCGAUCCUAGGAAACAGGAGAUUGUUGCUGAGAAGGAGAAAGCACAUGAAGGAGCCCGACCCAUGAGGGCCAUCUUUCUGGCUGACGGCAACGUCUUUACCACUGGUUUCAGCCGCAUGAGCGAGCGGCAGCUGGCCCUCUGGAACCCGAAAAAUAUGGAGGAACCAAUUGCUCUGCAUGAAAUGGACACUAGCAAUGGGGUGUUGCUACCUUUCUAUGACCCUGACACCAGUAUCAUUUACUUAUGUGGAAAGGGCGACAGCAGUAUCCGCUAUUUUGAGAUCACGGACGAAUCCCCGUAUGUCCACUACCUCAACACAUUCAGCAGCAAGGAGCCUCAGAGGGGGAUGGGUUACAUGCCCAAGAGGGGACUCGAUGUCAACAAAUGUGAGAUUGCCAGAUUCUUCAAACUUCACGAGAGAAAGUGUGAGCCUAUUAUCAUGACUGUCCCCAGGAAGUCUGACCUUUUCCAGGAUGACCUGUACCCUGACACGGCGGGGCCCGAAGCGGCCCUGGAGGCGGAAGAGUGGUUCGAGGGGAGGAAUGCAGAUCCACUCCUCAUCUCCCUGAAGCACGGAUACAUUCCCGGCAAAAACAGGGACCUCAAGGUGGUCAAGAAGAACAUUCUGGACAGCAAGCCCACGGCAAACAAGAAGUGCGACCUGAUCAGCGUCCCCAAGAAGACCGCAGACGCAGCCGGCGUGCAAAAUGAAGCCAAAUUGGAUGAGAUUUUGAAAGAGAUCAAAUCUAUAAAAGACACAAUCUGCAAUCAAGAUGAGCGUAUUUCCAAGUUAGAACAGCAGAUGGCGAAGAUAGCAGCCUGAAGGUCCACCCCCCACCCUGCAGACGGAGCAAGAACGCGCUCUCGUGGCUGGUAGUUGGUGUGGUCCCAGGGAGGGCGAAAGGGAGGCACUGCCACUUGGAGACAUUUCAGAUCUGUCGACCAGCGAUAGGCCACAUUCCAGUAAGGACUCAACUCGUCUCCCAAAUUUGCAGAAACAAAAUGUGAUUUAAAAGCUGAGCUUUUUACCAGAAAGCUUUUUUUGAUGUUUUAAGUGUUAUGUGACUUGUGAACUUCUAAAAGACAAAAGUGCUACUUUGAAAAUCCCAGAUAUUCUGAAUUUUAGCAAACCAACCAAUUCUGAUUCAGUGUCCUGCCCAAGUACCUUUGUUUUUUUUGGGUUUUUUCAUUUUUUACAAACAGGGACCAAUGCCACAUUGCUUUUUAUAUUUCUUUUUUUUUUUUUUAAUGUUGCCAAAACCAAAAGUAGCUUUUUUUCUUUGUAUUUUGCUACUUUGCAGUAUUUGUGUGUGGGGUUUUUUUUUCUCCUUAAUUUGAAAGGGACAGCACUGUGUAUGUUUAUAAACUAAAUGAAGAUAUUAUUUUGUAUAAACAUUCAUCUGAGAACAAUCAGAGCAGUAGCCACACUGUGCUGGCUUCUUUGCAGCACAAACCUGGUCAUCUUAAUGACUGUACAAAAGGAAGACUUGAAAAAUCAUGUGGAUUCAUAUUCCCACCCCUCCCUUUCCAUUGAGUCUUCUGAUCAAAAAAAGCUCAUAUCGAAUCGUUUCCUUUCUCUUUUCUAGAAAUUGGGUGGUUGUACCAGAAUGGAAUUUUGCUUCUUGGUUAUCCUGUGCUUCAGAUGAUUAUAAUCGAACCUAAACUUG